CCAGCCGUGGCCAGCCGCCGCCGCAAGCGCUGGGCCGCGCCGCGCUCGUCUCCUCUCGUCAUUCUAGUCAAGUCUGUCGAGUGUCGAGACAGACAGCGCCGUGCGUUGUGCGGCCUGCGGCCUGCGGCUGGCUGCAUCGCGAUGGACUUGGAGGGCGACGCGAGUGAGGACGGCCAGGACCGGGAUGCACAGCCGCACUACCCAGAUCUCAUCGACAUUGUUCGGGAACAGGGCCCCGGGCCUGACGCGGCCGGGACGGGGGCGCCGGAUGCCGACGGUGACCGAGACCGUGGCGACCGUGGCCACAAGGCGUCGACGCCGCCGACUCCCUACAUUGACGGCGUCGUGCCGCCCAGGGACCUGCGCCUGCAACACCAGAGGGAGCACCCGGAGCUCGUCGAGGACCUCAAGGUGUUCCUCGGCCUCAAGCCGCCGACGACGCAGACCCAACAGGUCCUCGAGGUAGAGCCGCCGGCGCCGAACACGCUGGAGACCGCGGAGCUGGCCGACCCGUCCCAGACCAAGCUCCCGGAGGCCGUGGAGCUGGUGGACGCGUCGCAGGCCAAGCCCCCACAGCCCGCGCUGCAGACGGUGGAGCUGGCCGACCCGUACCACACCAAGCCCCCGCAGCCGGCCUGCGCCGCCGAGGCCAUGAGCGCGCACGACGGCCAGGGCGGCCAGGGCCCUGGCUCGGAGCCCGAGCCGCAGUCCGCCGGCGACGCCCCCAGCUCGGUCCUGGACUGCGCGGCGCUGGCGGCGCCCGUGGUGGCGCUGGCCGUGGCGGGGCCCAGCAGGCACGACCGCGACGCCGUGGACGGCGACCUCAGGCACGGCGCGCACUCGGCGACCUGCACCCACGGCAGGGAGGACACCAGCGUCGAGGACAAGUGCCUCGAGUGCUGCGUUUACUACGGCGUCAUGUGCUGCCAGUGCACCAUCUCAUGACGGACUGGAGUGAAACCUGUGUGGACUCUGCUGUCUCAUAGAGAAGGACAAAUUGGUUCUCUGCGUCGCGUCUAUCUUGUCCUCUAAGUUUGUCCUUCCUUGAGUGAAACCUGUGUGGACUGUGUGCUGUCUCUUGAAGAAGGACGAAUUGGUUCUCUGCGUUGCGUCUAUCUUGUCCUCUAAAUUUGUCCUUCCUUGAGUGAAACCUGUGUGGACUGUGUGCUGUCUCUUGGACAAGAAUGAAUUGGUUCUCUGCGUCGCGUCUAUCUUGUUCUCUAAAUUUGUCCUUCCCCUUUGCAUGUGCCCUGUGUAUUCAAUACAAAGUAUGAGGAUACACUGGUGAAAAUGAAUUGAAAUUAUUUGUACUUGGUAAAUGUUCCAUUUAUUUACCAAAAUAGAGCCAAUUUUUAUUUUUGUAAGUACAUUACAAUGUUAUCAACAGUCCAACAAACAUUAAACUGUAACUAUGUA